AUGGACUCCUUACUCGAUCCGCCAUCAUUCUCGCAGCAAAUAAGAUCAAAUAAACGCAAGCGGCCAGAAACAACAGAUGACGAUUUUCCAAGCUCACUGCCCCAAAGCACCACCAACCCUCUCAGCCAUUCUCCUGGUGUAGUUGCCCAGUUCGCUAUCGCUGGCCUCUCAGAAACGGAAGAGAACCCUUCACGACGCAUACGCGACUUUCCGCAUCGCGGCAUCUCAUCGAAUGAAGCCUUUUCUAUUGAAGCCGAGAGUGAUGAAGAUCCGGAGACAGAAGGAGACGAAGCAGCGCGCCCAAAGUCUAAGAAAUCCACAAGUCGUAAACGGGGCGGCCAUUUUGAUGUUCUCUUGCAGUCUAUUCACUACUUUCUUGAUCGAGGAGAGAUAGCUAAGGCAUCUCGCGCGUAUGGCCUUAUUCUACAGUUGCGUCCGUCUGGUCUCCCUAUCGAUAUUCGGCAUCAUGAUCUCUGGGCCAUUGGCGCAGAAAUUCUUAUGCGUGAGGGUGAAGAGACUUUACAACAAGAUGAAAGCUCACAUGAGAACCAACCAAAAUCUACCAAGAGAUGGGGCCGGGCUGCCAAUAUGAACAAGGUCAAGGCCUAUUUCGAUACCCUGAUCCAGCAGCAUCCCUAUGACUACAAGACCCCAAAGGUCGUCUCAGCCUUGGACUUCUGGAUUGCUCUGUUUAGCUGUGAAAUCUACAAUACGCAUACCGAACAUAUACUGGCCCUAGAUCGGCUGGAGAGCGAGAUUGAUGAAGAUCCUCGCCGAGAGUCUUUCGACAAUGAUGAAAGCGUCGCAAGUGACGAAACAGACAGCGUUGAAACGGGGAGGCUUCACAAGAAGUACGAGCUGCGAGUCCAGGCAUUAUCCAUCAUGAAGGAUAUCACGAAGAGGAUGGAUGUACUGAUGCAGGAUAUGCCUUACUCAAGGAAUCAACAUUAUCUUCGAUUACGAGCCAUGGCCUCUUUUUACAUUGCAGAUCUGAUCCUUCCCAUCAGCCCAGUCUCGCAGUUUCAGGCUGAAGAAGGGCAGAAAGCAAGACUAAUGGAACAAGAGAGUGCCCGAAACCAUCUGGAGAGAAUAAUCACAUAUGGAGGCGAGUUAGACAAAGCUGCAUGGAAUGCUUUGAACCCUUCAGGUGAUGUCGAGGAAGAUACUUCUAUUCAACUAUACUCAAGUCUACCGAUUAGGGGUCUCUAG